GCCUACUGUCGACCUCGUCGUCGAUGUCACGUCAUGCAUUGCUACCUACCUAUAUAUCCAUUGAUGUCAUUGUGUGCACACUAGUCUAGAGAGAGUUAACUAGCUGCAGACCGAGUUGAGUUGAAUUGAUGGAGCCUCGCAAGUCUGCUUCAGUUCGGAUUGUUUUGCGAAUUUUUGGUCUCGUAGCUGGUGCCGUUGUUAUCGGUUGCAUUGCUGGCAAGCUACUUGAAACCCAUUCAGGCUAUAAUCCAUUCAGCAGGGACAGAAUAACCGUGAAAGUUUGCUACUUCCACUUGCUGGACUUGCUGGACAAUGGGCCGUUUGGUGACCUCAAGAAGAUCGCUUGUGAAUUUGGCCUAGCUUGUGGCGCAGCGGCUGUGCUCCUAGCCGUCGUUUUCUGUACACUUGACUACAUGACGGAUAUAAAAGAAAGCGCAGCGUCAAUUCGUCGACCCAUUAUCAUAGUAGGAAGCUGCCUGGCCGUCAUCAUGGCAGUCGUCUGGGUUUCUUGCUUCGGUUACUUAACUAAACUGUGGUUUGAUGUCCAUGGAAACGACUGGACUAACGAGUACAAGAUUCCAGGACAAGCAACCCUAUCUUUCAGUUUUCUGUCAUUUAUCGCAUGGAUUCUUGUUGCCGUUUUUGGUAUCAUCGGUCUACAAUCUUCUAGUGACAAUGUUCCCAGACAAGUUAAAGGCUAAAAGCGCAAGAAAACAGAAACUGCUGCGUGCGUUUCGCAUGCACCUUUUGCUCGUCUAGCUAGAUCUGCUUGUUUGAGACUGACUUUAUAGCACACUUUUAAGCUUCUACGUCAAGCUAUUGAGCUUGUAAUAUAUUGUUUAAUUCUGCCAUGCA